AGUUCUCUUUUUCCUCUCGAACGGGCAGCACGAACCGAUCGCGGUCACCAACAUGGAUCUAUACUACCUGCCUCUGGUCAGCGCCUGCCGCACCGUCCUCAUGGUGGCCAAGGCCCUGGGUCUUGAUCUGAACAAGAAGCGGGUAAACACCCGGACGGGAGAGCAGCUGAAUCCGGACUUCAUCAAGAUCAACCCCCAGCACACGAUCCCCACCUUGGUGGACAACGGUUUUACCCUCUGGGAGUCGCGUGCCAUCGCCGUUUACCUGAUCGAACAGUACGGCAAGGACGAUUCCCUCUACCCCAAAGAUGUUCAGAAGCAGGCGGUGAUCAAUCAACGCCUCUAUUUCGAUAUGGGCUCCAUGUAUCCCUCGCUGGCCAACUACUAUUACAAAGUGUUUUUCACCGGCCAGAAUGGCACUGAAGAGGACUUCAAGAAGAUCCAGGAGACCUUCGAUUUUCUGAACACCUUCCUGGAGGGCCAAGAGUACGUAGCCGGUGACCAAUACACCGUGGCCGAUAUCGCCAUCCUCUCCAGCGUUUCCACCUUCGAUGUCCUCGACUUCGACAUCAGCAAAUAUCCGAAUGUGGCCAAGUGGUACGCCAAGGUCAAGGAGAUUACUCCUGGCUGGGAGGAAAACUGGGAGGGCGCCCUGGAUGUGAAGAAAAUGGUGGAUGAUAAAAAGAAGGAAACCCAAUAAUCUCUCCGAUAAAGUGUACAGUGUACACUUUUAAAAUUUUAAAUAAAAACAAUUGUUACUGAUUAAAAA